AACUUGCGCCGCACAAAAGCUGAAGCUAACUAGACUCCAUACGCUGGAGUCUCCUUUGUACAGUAAAUUAUCUAGUGAAAUUCAGUUAAGGAUGGACAAUACAUCUUUAAGCUACCAACAAAAACUAGUACAUUAUAAAAAAAAAGUACAGGUUUUGAUUGGCAUUCGGCUUGUUCGAGGGCAAAUAGAUGCCUGUUGACUGCUUCAGAUGAAUACAGUAAUUUUUAUUUAUAACUUCACGAGAUAACAGUCUUCAACACAGAUUAGUGACAGAUAAACUCUCAGCUCAGAAACAUCUUCCCAACUUAAAUAAUAAAGAGCUGUAAUGGAAACUUUCCAAGCAGAGGGUGUAUGCAAGGAUGUCAUAGACAAUCCGCCCCCAAACAUUCUCACGGUCAAAUACCCAGGUGGCAUUGAUGUUACCCCAGGAAUGGUGCUGACUCCCACACAGGUCAAAGAUAAGCCUGAUGUCAGUUUUAAUGCUGAUCCUGAUUCAUACUACACUCUAAUUAUGCAUGAUCCAGAUGCACCUAGUAGGCAGACUCUCAGUUUCGGAGAAAUUCAGCAUUGGUUGGUGGUCAACAUUCCUGGGGGAGAUGUCACCAAAGGAGAAGAGAUGACUGCAUAUAGAGGCUCGGGGCCUUCAGAAGGAACAGGCCUUCAUCGGUACAUAUUUUUGGUUUACCGCCAGUCAGGAAAACAGGAGUUUGAUAUACCCUUGAUCCCAUUCAACCGCAGACAGGCUCGCAGAAAUCACAAAGUGCGGACACUGGUGGUCAGAUAUGGGCUACAGGAGCUUGUGGCUGGCAAUUUUUACCAGGCAGAAUAUGACGAUUAUGUUCCCAUUGCAAGGUCAACUUUAGUUGACUGAACCUUAAGUUGAUGAAAUACUGCAUAUUAAACAGAUUUUCAAAACAAA